AUGAGACCAUCCACUAUGGACGUUAGUAAAAGUGCAGACAGUGCAUCUACAGGAUUAUCUGCUUUUGGAUCCUUCCUGUGGGAAAAGACUGUUCGUGACAAAGGUUGGUCCGAAUAUCCUGGUUUAAACACAGGUGAAGUCUUUCAAAGACGAUUCAAAGCAUUUGUUGCGAAAGAAACGCGAUUGUUAUUGAAUAGACGUGGGACAAUUGAAUACGUCGUUAAUUAUACCAUUUCGUAUUGGAAAGAAAAUGGACGAUCAAUUUCAAAUAAUGAAUGCAGUAAAAAAAUUAAUGAAACACAUUGGAUUGUUCGAGAUAAAAUUGGAUAUCUGUUAACCACAAUUGCACAAUUGGAAUUAAUCAAAUUGAAACGAGAUAAAGAUACAGAACAACAAACAGCAACACAAGCGAAAAGAAAAACAACGGUAAAGAAGAAUUCGUUAAUUGAAGGCAGCGAUGAUGAUAUUGAUGCACUACCAACAACAAAACGACAACGACCAAAACAAAACCCACUAAAAGAUGAUGUAUCAGAUAUGAAUGUUGUCACUUCGACUAAACGACGUCGUACAUCGGCUGUUGUCCCCGCGCAGCCGAAAUCCAUUAAACGAUCAUUUAUCAUAUAUAUGGAGUCAUAUGGUUUAUCGCGUUAUCUAAAAUUCAGGUUAUUUGAAGUGGAAGUCGAAGAACCAGUUAAAGAUCCAACAACAAAUCAUAUGAUGAACAAUGAUAAAAAAAUGAAAAUCGUACUCUGGCUGUUGAUCCCCGCGUAG